AUGGACCGAGACCACACACGUUCCGUCGAACGAAGCGUUCGAGUUGUUAACCGGAGAUUCCAGGUUCGAUCCCUGGCAGAAUCACUUUUGACCAUAUAA